CCACCAAGCUCAGCGUCCUCGCCUCCAUCUCCGAGGAACCAAGCCAUUCCGUCCGAGGUAGCUAGCGCGUCUCGAUUCACAAGGCAACGAGAGUAGCGAUGGCUCGGCAACAAGCCGGGGCCGUGGCGUUCGCGGUGCUGGCGGCGGUGCUUCUCGGCGCCGGCCUGCCGAGCCCAGCGGCCGCGGGGGUGCUCCUGUCCGCGCUGCCCAAAGCGCUCGCCGUCUCCGCCUCCCCCACGCGUGGCCAAGUUCUGCACGCCGGCGAGGACACGCUCACGGUGACAUGGUCCCUGAACACGACGGAGCAAGCCAGCGCCGACGCCGCCUACAAGAACGUCAAGGUGACCCUGUGCUAUGCGCCGGAGAGCCAGAAGGACCGCGGGUGGCGCAAGUUCAACGACGACCUGAGCAAGGACAAGGCGUGCCAGUUCAAGGUCACCGAGCAGGCCUACACCGCCGGCGCCGCCGGCAAGUUCGACUACCGCGUCGCCCGCGACAUCCCCACGGGGUCCUACUUCGUGCGCGCCUACGCGCUAGACGCGUCAGGGACGCAGGUCGCCUACGGCCAGACGGACGCCGCCGCCGCCUUCAACAUCGCCGGCAUUACGGGCAUCCACGCGUCCAUCAAGGUCGCCGCCGGCGUGUUCUCGGCGUUCUCCGUCGUCUCGCUCGCCUUCUUCUUCGUCGUCGAGAACCGCAAGAAGAACAAGUAGAGGCCUGCCGGACGUACGCCCCAAGUGCAUGGUCCGUGCAAUGCAAUGUCAUCGCGUGUUGCGUUCUUCCCGGUCGGAACUAGUUGGUGCAGCGCAAUUCAUUUUGGUGUAUGUCUCUUGUUGUCGUGUGCGUGAAAAAUAGUAUGAAAUAACUCGGUUACGACAAGUU